AUGGGAAAAAAGCUUGAUGCUAUUCUGGGAAGAACUUUCAAAGCCUAUAAGUUCAAAGCAGUUGCCAGUCUUGCCAUCUCUCGCAUUGCUAUAUUCAAACACCAACGCCAGGUCAGGUGCAAUCAAGCCCGCUCUGAUGUGGUUCAGCUUCUUGAACAAGGUCACCAUGAUCGUGCUCUUCUUCGAGUCGAGCAUGUGAUCAAAGAUCAGAAUAUGUUGGAUGUAUAUGUGAUGACGGAAGGAUACUGCAAUUUAUUGAUAGAAAGACUCCAUCUUAUUGAACAAGAAAAGUUGGUUUCUGUUUUCAACCAAGCGUGUCCUGAAGAAUUGAGGGAGGCGAUAUCAGGUUUGCUUUAUGCUUCUACGAGAUUUGGGGAUUUCCCUGAGCUUCAAGAAAUUCGUACGACUUUCACCUCCCGUUAUGGCAAGGAAUUUGUUGCCAGUGCUGUUGAAUUGCGUAACCAUUGCAGAGUGAACCCUCAGAUGAUACAAAAGUUGUCAACCCGGCAGCCAGAGUUCGAGAGAAGAAUGAAGGUGCUCAAGGAAAUUGCUUCAGAAAACAGUAUAGUUCUGCAACUUGAAGAGAGUUCUUCCACUACCACUGAGGAAAAUUUGAAUUUCAACAAGAACCAAAACCAAGCUCAGACAGAGACGUUAACUAGUUCUGGAGGGACUAAGCUGGGUGACGAUUUGCAAAUGUUGCCUGAAGCGAUAGAAAAAGAUGGGCUCUCUGAUUCAGCGCAUGCAAGAAAAAAGUACAGGGAUGUAGCUGAUGCAGCCCAGACAGCUUUUGAGUCAGCUGCCUAUGCAGCAGCAGCUGCAAGAGCAGCUGUGGAACUCUCUCGAUCUGGUCCUCAUGAUCCUGAUAAUCAUGAUAAUCAGAAUAGUCAUAAAAGAGGAAGAAACGUGUCUCACAAAGACAAGCCCAUACAAAUUGAACCUCAAUUGAAAAAUCAGGAAAUCCACCACAAAAAUGAAGCCGUGAAUGCAAAUACUCAAGAGACUUUGAAGGUGAAUGCAAUGUCCUUGGAAGCAGAGGACCCAACCAAGUAG